UAUGAAAGGUUCUCUGGCAAAACAACGGGUAGACCUCAAGAAAGGAGUUCUCGAGAUAGAGGAGGUGAGGUGGAUUUGCAAAUCGUGGAGACCCCACCACACGGAAUCUGACACAGAAGGAGAUGUUAUUGUCUACCUUUGUCAAUUAAUCAUACACGGCAAAAUAUUGCGGAUACCCAUACAAAAUUACCGUAAGGAACUGCUUUCUAUCUUGAAGAUUUAACAGAUGGAAAGAGAAUGGGCAUACCUAGUCAGUUGCACAACAGAAUGCGGCUGCCUUAGUCGAAGUCUACGUCAUCAGUGCCCUGGGAGCAGUUGUUGGGGGUUAAAUGCCUUGUUCAAGGACAGAACGGUAGAUUAUUUUCACCUUGCCGGCUCGGGGAUUCAAUCCAGCGACCUUUCGGUUACUGCCCCAACGCUCUAAACCGCUAUAGGCUAUCUGCCUACAAAGUUCACUGCAUUGAGGUCAGGCGUCUAUAAAUUCACCUAAGCGAAAUUAUCAAUAUGAGUAGCAUGCUGGCCCUUUCUCUUCAGAGUGGCAUUCAUUCAUAAUUGAUGGGGAGACUAAAAUGAAAGUGAGAAGAGAGGCUGUCUCGGAUGAAAGGUAGAGAGAUGUGGGUGUGUGAGGUGUAGAGGAGACUGAGACUAGAUAAGGAGAGUGGAGAGAGUAGACAGCAGACUAUGGAUUCAGAAAUGGGGGCAAGGCAUUGCUGAUGAUGAUGAUGAUGUGGACAGGAGGACCCGACUGCUGCAUUAACAAUGAAUGGAUAUUCAAUCAAAGCCAGCUCAAUCCUGAAGUUGAGAACUGAGAAGGCAGAGAGAAUACACCUGACCCUGAAAAGUCUAACAAGAGGUCUUUACAGACCAUAUCAACCAGAGGUGGUCAUCUUACCAAGUGACAUGUUUUACCCCAUCCAAUACCAUUAAACACACUUUCAUCUACCGCCACCUGUAACAAGGUAGAAUGUCCCAGCCGUCCCGACACUGGCAGUCUGAACGUGGGGACAGAUCUGAUGACUUCUGGAAGCACCUCAAAGAGGUGGAAGAGGAGAGAGGAGCAGAUGUAAUGCUCCAGAGGACGGGUGAAGAGAUGAGACCCUCUAUCACCCUCCGCCCCCCACCUUUGUUCCGCAGCAUCGGGCCGUCGGGGCUGUCGGCCAGCCUACCACCCCACCGACGUCUCCGCUCCAUAUUCCGCAGAUCCAGAGUGGUGCUGCCUGCGAAUACACACACCGGCAAGGUUUCAGGAACACACACCCUCCAAGAUUUACUGUCAGGCACCCACAUCAACACACUCCCACAUCAACUGACUCCCAAUGACGUAGUGUCAGAGAAGGACAUUCACAUAAACACAGACUCAGAGACACAAACACAGCCCAAGAGACUCAUGAAUACACAUGGGCUCACUGUAUUAGAACCACCAACAGGACCUCUCACAGAUACACUCUCAUUCAUAGUCAGUGCUGAAAGCAGACAGCUGGGUGGACAGCCAUUUUCUCAGCUUUCCCCACCCAUAAGGACCCAUAUCAAAGGCAGGGCAAGAUGGGGCAGAGCAGUGUCUCCUCUUAAAAUGAGAGAUGAUCUUGGGACUGGAGAGGGAGGAGUGAAAGAGAAGCAGAAGGUGAAGAGGAGGAGGCUGGACUGGAAAGGAGAGGACCAAGCCAAUGACAGAUAUGUCCCGUCCUUCACCCCAGAGACAGAGGGAGAUGGUGGACUGUGCCAGUGGUUACAAAGUCUGGAGAUUGGAGAUAGAGAGGAGGAGGCCAUUUCCCCCAACAGAAGUAAACAGCAGCCAAGUGGGUUCAGAGAGAGGAUGGCUGGACACAGAGAGGGGUAUUCACAUCCAGCAGCCAACCACAGGAGAGACAGACGCCCCCACUUCCUCCCGCCUAUCUGUCAGUCUGGCUCCCUACUCCAUGUACCCCUGCUGCUUCCCAAAAACUCCCCACCACCCUCGCCAUGCAACUCCCCACACACCCCCUUCCACCCCUUGCCUGUACCCCUCCUCCACCCUUUGCCCUUCAGGAGGAAGUGAUAUUGUCCAACAAAGGAAAGGGGUCUCAACUCAAGAGGCCCAUUUGUGUUUACUCUGUAUGCGGUUUUCUGUAACUUUGGCAUAUUCUGACUGACACUUAGCUUAUGUAAGCUUAUAUAAUGUAUUUGCCUAUAGCUCAUUACGCCUACACAUCCUUAACAAGUCUUAUCCAGGUAUAAUGUAUGUUGCUCUUGCCAUUUAUACUGUACAUCCUUUACAAAUAAUCACAUAGUAGUUUCUCUACGUGUAAAUAGUUUCUAAGAAUAUGCUGCCCUGUCACAUUUCAAUUGCAUUAAAUUUAGCAUGUAUAGUUUGAAAGAUCCAGGGCAUUGUUGUUUCUCAGGAUUAACAUCAACAAGUGAACCAACCUCAGCGUUUCAGUAAUGAUGUGCUCUGCCUUGUCCGUCUAUAGGCCGUGUCCAGAUACCCCCCGCAGAGAGCCCCCUCCUCUGAUCAGAGAGGAGGCCCAUGUUGUUUUUGAGGUGUCGGUUAGGGCCUGAACAGUGCUGUGCUCUGUGUGCAGCCUGUGGUGGGAGCUGCAUGUCAGGGCCAGAACACCGGCGUCUCAGUCCUCCUCACUGCCCGCCUCGCACAGCCUGCCGUUUAUGUGUUUACCCUCAAACGCAGCCCAAAAUGUUUGUGAGUCAGGCUCUUUUUUUCCACCCGCCCCUCCCAUUAGGUGCCAAACAAACAUUGCACGGAAAUUGCAGGGAUAUCUGGGAUUUUUAAGGGGUCCCAGCAGACAGGGGGCGAGGUCGAGAACAA